CUGCUCAGGUAUAAAGGUGGAGAAGAGCCACGGCUCGUCCUCAACCACCUCUGAUCUCUCAGCGUCUCCGACCACCUUCGUAGAGCAUCUCCUCCGUCAAACUAACACAGACAAUGGCGAUUUGGCUCCAGGGUGGUGCUCUGCUGUUCGUGCUGGCGUUCUACAGUGCAGGAGUCAAUGCUGGGGCACCCCAACACCUGUGUGGUUCUCACCUGGUUGACGCCCUGUACCUAGUCUGCGGCCCGAACGGGUUCUUCUACAACCCUAAAAGAGAGGUGGAUCCUCUGCUGGGGUUCCUUCCCCCAAAAUCUGCUCCGGAGGGGGAGCUGGCUGAAUACCCCUAUAAAGAGUACAGUGAGCUGAUGGUGAAGAGAGGCAUUGUGGAGCUGUGCUGCCAUAAACCCUGCAGCUUACACGACCUGCAAAACUACUGCAACUGAAACACCAGCAAACUGUCGUAUUACCUGCUGCGAAUGAGACGACAGCCUGCUUAAUUGUGGGGGUUUUCCCUAGAAAAUAAAAAGGUACAUCAAAUGAA